CGGCCCCGAACCUCUCCCUGCGGUGACCCAGCUCCCUCCACCUGACCACAGACUAUGAGAAGAUGGUGGGGCCGACGAGGAGUAAACUCAGGGAAUCGGACCCCGACGCAUCGCAAACCAGGAGGCGUCAGGGCGCAGGGCCGGUGGAGCCCCCGCUGGAGCGCGCCAAGAGGUGGCUGCUGCAGCCUUUCUUCCUGGGUGGCAGGAACCUGCCUGGGGGCGCCCGGAACUACGCGCAGCGGAGGAGCCGAAAUCUGAACGCGCAAAGUUACUUACACCUGGAAGAGGUCACCAAGCUCCUUCUUCAUGGCCGCUUCCAAUUCCUCCACAGCCUCUUGGACCAGCUCCGCGACAGGGUGCAGGCCCUGCAUAAUCAUCGUUUCUCCCACAGGACCCUGUUUGGUGUAGCUGCCUUUGUGGGGAUUUUGCACUGGAUACACUUAAUAACACUUUUUGAAAAUGACCGUCAUUUUUCUCACCUCUCAUCUUUGGAACGGGAGAUGACCUUCCGCACGGAAAUGGGACUUUAUUAUUCCUACUUCAAGACCAUCAUCGAAGCGCCUUCAUUUCUGGAAGGACUGUGGAUGAUCAUGAAUGACAGGCUAACUGAAUAUCCCCUGGUAAUCAAUACAGUGAAACGCUUCCAUCUUUAUCCAGAGGUAAUCAUAGCCUACUGGUAUCGCACAAUCGUGGGAACAAUGGAUUUAUUUGGGUUGGAAACUAAGACCUGCUGGAAUGUCACCAGAAUAGAGCCUCUUAGUGAAGUUCAGAGCUGUGAAGGAUUGGGAGACCCAGCUUGCUUUUAUGUUGGUGUAAUUUUUAUUUUAAAUGGACUAAUGAUGGGAUUGUUCUUCAUAUAUGGCACCUAUCUGAGUGGGAGUCAGCUAGGAGGUCUGAUUACAGUGGUGUGCUACUUUUUCAAUCAUGGAGAGGCCACCCGUGUGAUGUGGACACCGCCACUCCGGGAAAGUUUUUCAUAUCCAUUCCUUGUACUUCAGAUGUAUGUUUUAACUACUAUACUCAGGACCUCCACCGUCCACAGAAAACACUACAUAGCGCUCUGUCUCUCCAAUGUGGCCUUUAUGCUUCCGUGGCAGUUCGCUCAGUUCAUACUCUUUACGCAGAUAGCCUCAUUAUUUCCUAUGUAUGUUGUGGGAUACAUUGAGCCAAACAAAUUUCAGAAGAUCAUUUUUAUCAACAUGAGUUCUGUUGCCCUCUGUUUCAUUUUGAUGUUUGGAAAUCCAAUGUACUUAAGUUCUUACUAUUCCUCAUGUUUGUUAGUGACAUGGGCAAUAUUGCAAAAGAAGAAUAAAAUCCAAAAAUUAGGAUCCUCUGAACUCCAAUUGUGGUUAAUCCAAGGCUGUGUUUGGUGGAGCGGAACAAUUAUUUUGAAAUUCCUGACAUCUAAAAUUUGUGGUGUUUCAGACCAUAUUCGCUUGAGUGACCUUAUAGCAGCCAGAAUCUUAAGAUACACAGAUUUUGAUACCUUAAUAUACACCUGUGCUCCUGAAUUUGACUUCAUGGAACGAGCGACUCCACUGAGAUACACAAAGACAUUAUUGCUUCCACUUGUUAUAGUGAUUACGUACUUUAUUUUUAAAAAGAUUGCUCGUGAUAUCAUAUGUGCCUUAUGUACAAACACUUACAUAAGAAAACAGAUCCUUGAAAACGGUGAGCUGAUUUUUCACACCUUGCAGUUGCUGGCAUUCACAGUUCUUGCCAUUUUAAUCAUGCGGUUGAAGCUGUUUUUGACACCCCACAUGUGCAUCAUGGCUUCUUUGAUCUGCUCCCGACAGCUCUUUGGCUGGCUUUUUUGCAGAAUUCAUUUUGAGAAUGUUGUCUUCGGUAUUCUGACAAUGAUGUCAAUACAAGGUUGUGCAAACCUCCAUUACCAAUGGAGCAUCAUGGGAGAGUUUACUAACCUGCCUCAGGAAGAGCUCAUACACUGGAUCAGAUACAACACCAGGCCAGAUGCUGUCUUUGCAGGCGCUAUGCCCACGAUGGCAAGCAUCAAACUAUCUACACUGCACCCAAUUGUGAACCACCCACACUAUGAGGAUGCAGACUUGAGGGCUCGAACAAAAAUAGUUUAUUCUGCAUAUAGUCGAAAACCUGCAGUAGAAGUGAGAGAUAAACUGUUGGAAUUACAUGUGAAUUAUUAUGUUCUAGAAGAAGCAUGGUGUGUUGUGAGAACUAAGCCUGGUUGCAGUAUGCUUGAAAUCUGGGAUGUGGAAGAUCCUUCCAAUGCAGCUAAUCCCCCCCUCUGUAGUGUCCUGCUCAAGAAUGCCAAGCCUUACUUCACCACAGUAUUUCAGAAUAGUAUGUACAGAGUCCUGAAGAUUAACUGAGAACAAGGCUCUCCAUCACUCUGCGCAGAGAUGUCAAAACAGAACACUUCCAGCCGUGCAACAAUAAAAAUCACAAGCUUUCCUAAGAGACACUUUCAAAGAAGAUACAAUUAUUUAAAGUUACUGGUUACUAAGGAUAAAUUACUUCACUGUUUACGUCAACUGUGAGCCUGCCAAGCUUACCUCAUAACUGAUUUAAGACAUCUCAUACCUCAUCAACAAACGUUCAUUUUAGAGUUUUGAGGAAAGGUGUAUGCAAAAUAACAACAUAAUUUAAGAAACCAAGGAUAAAUAAUUCCUUUUCAACCCAGCUAGAUACAUUGCUUCUAGUUUCCAUAGAGCUCAUGGAUCAGCCCAAACCCUCUGAACCAUGAAGACUGCGCAGACUCUGAGAAGCCUGGGGGUUGUGGUAGCCUCAACUCCCACGUGCUCUGCCCUAGCUAGCCCUGGAGAGAGAGUUUUAAUAGCUUUUAAGAACCUUUAAAAUCAUUUCCAGUCCAAGUGUUUCUACACACUUUGGCUUGUAAUAGUUUGAAUGCUAUGAAGAUUAUUAACUCAACCAGAUAAAUAUUUGCUACUGAUUAAUUUCCAGACCAAACCCAAUAAUUAUCAUCCUGUUGGUAAAAUCCUGUUGCUUUCUUUUAAUAGCAGGUAAAAUGAAAAUUAUUAUGGAACCAAAUCAAAUUUGGAACUACACGUCAGUAUAGAAAAUCCAGCUGGGUUUAUCAAAUGAGGUUUUCAGGGGCUAGACCGUAACAAAGCAAUGGCCUUCUCUUCUCGGUGGCCCCUGGCUCGCUGAGUAUGGUCUGUGUUUGAAGCCACCAUCUUUUGUAAUUCAUAUUUUUAAGUCCUCGUUUAUUUUUAGUUUAUGAUGAAGAUGGCAUUGUUUUACAAAUUUUAUCUCCCAAUAAAAGCUCUCUGUUA